AUGCGGGCAGCAGCCAAUGAUUCUAGCCGGGAUACCAAACGGUCACGCGGCAUUCGACAAGAGCGGAUAAACAUCCAAAACACAUUACAAGUGAAGGAGAUCAAUCGAAAACUGCGAAGACCUCAGAAGCUUGAUAAAAUCAUAUCAGUCGGUCUGGCAUCUUGCACCUCUUGCACAUACAGCUCCAUGCCGUAUAAGUCCAAAGGUCGCUGCAAGAAACAGAAGCCUUAUAUCACGGCGAAAGCAACUACAAAACAGGACUACCGACACACUGUUCACGAUCAAGAAUUGAUGAGCUGCCCUGAGGACAAAUUCACGGUGACAGUGGCGCAAGAGAAAGAUCGUGGAAGUAUUUCAAAUUCCAGCUCAACACCACAUGUUCUUAUAUACAACGAGCCACGAGGGAACCAUCUUUCGAUUUCGAAAGAUGAUAUCGCGCCCACAAAUCGUCACUUGAGUGACACGUAUAAUGAAUACAUUCCUCAUAGGGAGCCUGAACUCAGACAUGAAGAUCCAUCUUGGUUAAAUAUUCUGCAUGAAGUCAACAGCACGGACAGCGCUGGACCUAUUAAACAACCCCGUGAGAUGAUAAAGCACCCAGGGCAAGCUAUAGGUGACAAUUUCUGCAAUCGUUCGCCGUCUGUCCCUACACUGCCAUCAAGCAGAAGUAAACUUCAAUUGCACGAGAACAGUGGACAACGUUCCCACCCAAAUCACGUGCGCUGCAAAGUUCUGUCCACCAAAUCAGAACCUUCCACUAUUUACAGGCAGAGAAGUAAACAAGCUGCUGUAUGUUAUGAUUCGAGUCUUUCCGGGUCCAAAAACCCUCUCAGCAGAUACGCCGAAAUGAAUAAUUCUGUGACAACGGUGGAUUUGCCUAACGCGCAAAAAAACUUCAAGUCAUCACCUCCCAGGCACGUUCAAGAUGCUUCUUCUAUAUUUGAAGAUUACACACUAUACGAACAAUGGCAAAAUACCUCAAGGGUGAGGUCUCAUGUAGCUUCACUUCGCUUCACACUUCAACAUAAGCGUCAUGGUCUACGUAUGCUACAAAAUGAGAAAUCUCUUGCAGACGAGGCGUACUUCAAACAUAUUAAAAUGAGGGAACUUCAUAUGCCCUUUCCAAGCAAAUGGUGGUCUGAAAAAACUACAGAAGAGUUGCUUAGCGAUUGUCAGCAAGUCAGAGACAACUAUGGUUCUUUAGAAGAUGAAUACAAUCAGCUUGAGCGUGAUCUAGAUGUACAAGAAUAUGAACUGUCACGACACGAAGAGAAUUUCUAUAGUCAGCUGAGGGACCCUGCACGUCAUUUACCCGCGUCGAUGGAGCACGUGAGAUAUCCGGGGUGGGUGGAAAGACCAGAACACCUCGAACCACAAAAACCUCAAGAAUUGCAUCCGUUGGUGGAUGCAUAUUUUUCAAAGCUCGGGGAACUUGAUAGCUUUCGGGAACUUUAUGAUGAUAUUUUGGAUGAGAAGUUGAGCCUCGAAGAGAAAGUAGACUUGAGAAAGCGGUUCGACAUGGAACCCCUGACUAUCGAAAAUCAGGAGUGGCUAGAUAGCUCCCAAGCUCAAUUGGAUGAUCUAAUCUCCAAGAUUCAAAAUGCCGAGGAGGAGGAAAUUUUUUUACAUCAAAAGUGCUUCUCACUGGGGUUGAUAGAUGAAGCUGGAGAGCCGCUAGAAUCAUCGAAACAGGAGCAAUCUAGCCCAUCUUUGGAUUUAACUCUGAAACCACUCGAAACUCCCAAUCAAUAUCCUCAAUCAUCUCCAUUGUUCCGUUCAGAGCCGAGCGACUUGAAGAGCGUCAUCAAAACAUUGGAUCCGGAGAACAAUCGCCUAACACGAAAUGAGCGAUUUGAUCGAUGGUCACUGGAAAAACUUCAAAUUUCUCUUCAUGAGGUUAAUAUCUACACACAUUGCUUUAAUAGCUACGAUGAAUCACAGGAUCUCAGCAAACUCAAAGAGAAAUUCUGUAAGAAAGAUUUCACAACUGCCUGGUUUGAGGAUGGCUUUACGGAUCGUGAUACAAAACCUUAUGCCUUGACAGCUACCAAUUCGACUUCCCAAUGA